CUCUGCGCACAACCUGACGGUGGCGGCUGGCCUUGUCUUCUGGCUUCGAUCCCGCCACCUAUUUCUCCCCGUCCGAGGAUCCGGACAUGGCACCAACUCACAUCCUGCAACGAGCACUCGACGAUGCGAUCAAUCACCCUACUUUCGCCGCGAGGCUUCCCCCCUUGUCGGAGAAGAGAUGGAUGGAGAUUCUUGACAGUUCGUACGAGGCGCGCAAGGAGAACGACAGGCUCGAGUUUGUCGGCGAUGCGCUGAUGUACGCCGCCCUCGCAAGGCAGAUGUACCAGCAGUAUCCCCGAGGGAGUCCCCACUUCUACACGUGCCUUCGCGCAGCGUUGAACUCGAACGCCACAUUCUCUCACAUUGCGGAGAAGAUGGAGUUCUACUGCGUCAGCCAGAUGGUUUUGCGCGCGCUGACCGAGCGAACGUUCGGGGAGGGAGUAUUGGCCCCGUCGAAGUCAAGAGGGGCAGUCAAGUUGACGGCCGACCUGUUCGAGACCAUGGUCGCCGCAUAUUACUGGGAAGCCGGAUUCGAGGAGUUGUUCAAAUGGGUCAGGGAGAUCUACCAACCUCUGAUCAGCGCCACCGCCGAUGAAUACUUCAGCUACCGCCGCCAAUAUGGGCCGGCCCCGCUUGAACAGAGAGACAUCUCGGCUCAAACCAGGUUUGCUCCUGGCCGUUUAUAUCCGGGGCCUCCCCGGAACGCUCCCUCUGUGUAUUCCAUGAAGAAGUCCAGCAAACAGGUUACUCCCAUCAAGCAUCGACUACACACGGCGAAACAGACUAAGGCUCGUUCCCCACGCAGCCUAAAUAUGAAACGCGCCAUUCUCGGUAGCUCCAAUAUCGUACCGAAGGUUGUCCCAGCGAAGAAAUGUCUCAAGCCUGCGCCAAGCGCGAACGUAAUCCAGGGCGUGCAAGUGGCCCCGUCAGCCAAGCGGGCCAUUCUGAUCGACCUCACGCAAGACUCCGAUUCCGAGAGCGAUGACGAAAGACCAUCUGGCAGCCAUUCUCGAGCGACACCACUUCGAUCGCGUCGCACCGUCGCGGUAUCCAAGCAGCCGACAGCUCCUCCCGGUCUCCCGCUUCCUCGCACCUCGGCUGUGCAAGGCGCCGGGCUCACGAUGACCAUGGCCAACCCUGCUGGCUAUGGCUCGUUGGAUACAGACUCUGAGUCGGACGACGAGAUGUUGCUGGUGUCGAUGCUCACGACGGACAGUUUAGGCUCUGAUAUGGACUGCACUUCGUCUGACGUCGAACUGCCCAUAGGCGUCUGGCAGGUCGGUCGCAGUCGUUGAUCCCGGUCGGACUGGUGCACGAAAUUCUGGAAGUGUUAUUGUAUCUCAGAAGUGACCGCACGACGGCGACGCUUUCUCACGGAGUUUUCGAUAUGCACAUGUGGACAGCAUGGUUAUCCCCCUACUCUAUUUAUUCAGCCUAUACCCGAAUAUCAUAGCUACUUGUAAUUGCCAGUGCAUGCGUACCGCUUCAUAUCGUUUCAUGUAUAUGAUCUUUCAAAGUUG